UUUAGUUUAAAUUUGCAGCGUUGUUACUUAAUGCAGGAAGCUGAUGGUCAUCCAGUUUGCCAGAAAGAAACUGCGCACGAUCGCAUUCAGAAAUACAGCCAAAGAAAAGAAGUCACAGUUUCCUGAACGCUCCCGAGAACGGCUGCGGAAAAUCCGCCCGCCUUUGGUGAGAAGGAGCGAAGGAGAACUACAGCUCCCAGCAGCCUGCCGGCAGCCGGGGAAGGGCAGAGUUCACUGUCACGUUGACAGUGGAUGACUAAGGGUGUGUGUCGGGUGCCGGGGCAGUCCGGCCCCCAGCGGAGCCGAAAGGCCUCUGGGAAGGGCAAGUGGAGUGGCCAGCGCUGGCCUCCUCCUGCCGCCCCUGCUUCACUUCGGCGCCCUGAGCAGCUCCGAACCUGCCCGGGUUUAUGGGCAUUUAAUAGCAACUCCCAAGACCUAGACAGGAUGGUGUCUGUGAGGAGGGUAGGAUUUGAUCAGCCACUCAGACAGCAGGGAGAUACGUCUUCUUAUGACCAAAGAAGAAAGUGAAACAAAACGGUGCAGAAGCCAGAGCUCCAGGGAAGAAAGAAAAUGGAAGAGAAUCCAAGUGUGGAUCUCUCUGGAGCAGGGCCAGCCCAGGAUGAGGAUCAGAGCACAGCAGAGCAUCCUGUCCACCAAGAGCCCACCCAAGAAACACUUGAGCACCAAGUGGCAAGCAGGUGGCCUGAGACCUCCUGCAAACUAGAGGAGGACUCUUCAGUAUGUAAAUCACCAACUCCUGAUGGAGACACAACACUGUCUGAUUUAGCUGGCCCCACAGCAGAGAAGGUUAACCAGGAAGCUGAAAUAGCACUGGAAGAAUCUGGGAAAACAAGUGAUGGUGUCUCCAAAAGAUGCCAGGAAGAAGAUGACUUGGAUGAAGCCAAGCUGGCCCAUGAUAAAAUGGACAGCAAAGGAGACAGCCCUGUACAGCAGGAAACACAGGAGGACCAGGAGAUAAGCAGGCAAUAUGAAAGCUCCUACACAGCAGAGGAAGAUGCUUCAUCAAGAAGCAAGUCACUAAGCUCUGACAGUAAAGUGACACAUUCGUCUGUGACUGCCACAGAAGAUAUCACAAAGGACCCCUUGCCAGAGAAGGGCACCAGUGCUCCUCUCUUAGAUCAGGAGCCAGAAGAGAACAUGGAGCAAGAAACACAGGAAAAUGGAUCCCAAGGCAUGUUAAGGAACAGACAUGGGAUGAAAGGGCACACAUCUCCAAAGCCAGAGGCUCAGUCCUGCUUGCAGAAUAUCACCACUCAAAACACAGACCAGGAGAAGGCAAAAAAGUCCCUCUUCCUGAAAGGUGAGGAAAAGAAGCUUCCCUUGCAUGUUACUCAUCGACUGGAAGGCCCUGAUCCUCCAGGAACAAGGCUUAUCACCUUGAGCCUUCUAUUGCUUGGUCUCUGCCUACUCUGCUUCAGCAACCCAACCUCCAGUUCCCAGCAAGCCCCCAAGAACCCCACGGUGGAGGCAUUCCUGUUGCAGUUCAACCAGCUGCAGGAAAGGUUUCCGGGGCAGAGUCCUCAACUCUGGCUUCGUGGGCGCAAGUUCCUGCAGAAGCACCUCAAUGCAUCUCACCACACACAGCCAGCCAUCAUUAUCUUUACAGCUGCCCGCAAGGGUGAGCAGACCUUGCGAUGCCUUAGCACCCAUGUGGCUGACACCUACUCGGCUGCCCUACAUGGCAGCACGGUCCAGAUUGAUGGCAUGGGGAAAUCCAGGCUCCAGAGUGACAAGGCCAAGCUGGAGGUGGACAUGGAGCUGAGCUCAGCUUUCCAGGCUAGGAGCCAUGCUGCAGUGAUCCACCGCUUUGAGUUGCUGCCGGCAGGGGCCACCCUCAUUUUCUACAAAUAUUGUGACCAUGAAAGUGCUGCUUUCAAGGACGUGGCCCUGCUGCUGACUGUGCUGCUGGAGGAGGAGAUGCUGGAGACCCACAUCAGCCUCCAGCAGGCGGAGGAGAGUGUCCGCGACUUCCUCUGGGCCAAGUUCAUUGACACCAGGACCCCCAGCUCCCAUGACCACAUGGACUCUGACAAGUUCAGUGGUCUGUGGAGCCGCAUCUCCCACCUGGUCCUACCGAUCUACCCAGUGCAGGCCAUCGAGAAGGGAGGCUGCCAGGUCCACACCAAACCCUAGGGGCAGAGGCUGCCAGAGCCCCUAGAGGAGGGUUGGACAAUGGUCCUGUCAGCUCUGGUGGAGGCAUGCACAAACAGUGCUAUUUCUUUUCAAUUUGUUUCUUGUAUCUUCCUGGAAAGAGUUUGACAGGUGUAAGUUGAUUCAGGCUGUUUGCCAGCCUGGAGAUGAUAGAUUGCACACUUCCUUCUGGCAGAUGGGAAGAGUGGGUACUCUAGACUGCUAAUUGCACAGGAGAACAUUGCUGUGUGGGGAGGCAGGAGGGAAAACAAGACUUUGCAGGUAGAAUUUCUAUCAGAAGAUACACAAAUAACAUACACAACUAGUAUUCCAGAAAGAUACUUCAGUAUCUCUUUCAUUUCUCCCUGCCUCUUAGUUUGCUAAUGUCAUGUACAUUGGUCUCCGAAUGUACUUUAUCUAGAAGGUUUCUCUCCAUUUUCAGAGUGCUGCUGAAACACAGGAAGGUCAAAUUCCUCAAAGCCCAACAUUUUGAAGGCAUACUUCAAAAAGAAAACUCAUUUGCUAGUCAGGGGUUUGACCAGUCAGUCCUGAUAGGGUCACACUUGCACAGACAGCUUGACACCUUGCAAAGACCAGAUCCUAAAUAUGGAAUGUCCAAACAAGCCUGCAAUUCAGAAAUCCCCUAAACAUCAAUUAGAAGAAACUUCAGAGAGCAGUGAAACAGAAACCGCCUCACUGUUGCUCUGAUUGCACAGGUAAAAGAAUUAGUAACACAGUUUAACUUAUGCUACCUCUUUUAAAAAGUGUCCACUCUUGAUCCCUUUGCUGCCACGAGACUAUGGCUACAUCUUUGGGCUGAUGCAUCAGCUUUGGCCCUACAUGAUGGAUUGUUCUUCACCUGGGUCUCUGAUCUGUGUGAGGACAGGAAGCCUGUCUCUCCCCAGCUCACUUUUAUUGAUGAAUGUAGAUGUUAGCAUUGAUAUUUAUUUCAAAUCACAUAGGGUAGCACUCCAGGUCUUUGCCCUCCAAAGGUACAUUGGCCUCCCUGACAGGCAGCUGGUGCUCUGUCAUAUGCUAAAGCAACUAGGAACAGAGCUGGGAUUUGCUGGUAAAGACAAAAUCUCUCAUGUUAACACUAAAAUUCCCC